UCUGAGGCGCUCAUUCCGCGCUGGGAGUCGCCGAGGCCGGCGCUGUUUCUGUGGCCGCCGCCUAGUGUCUUCGCGCUCCUCCCUUUCCUCCUCCUCUUUCUCCUCCUCCUUCGAGUCCCAGUCAGGGCGACCUGCUCUGCUCACGGGCAGAAAACUAAGACUUAACUUGCUAUCUUCUCUGGAGUCAUAUGGUGACUCUGCAACUUGAUGGACGACGACAACCCUUUUCAAUCAAAAAAUAAUUCAAAAAUGGCAGAACUCUUUAUGGAAUGUGAAGAAGAAGAACUGGAGCCAUGGCAGAAGAAAGUAGAAGAAAUUCUGGAUGAAGAUGAUGAUGAGCUGAUCUUUGUUGGAGAGAUAUCAAGUUCAAAACCAGCCAUUUCAAAUAUUUUGAACAGAGGUAACCCCAGCUCAUCUUCAAAGGGAAUAAAGAAUGAGACACUCUCUCAAGGUGUUACUGAUCCAUUCAAGCCUACAAGUCAACACUACAAAGAUCCAACAUCAAAUCCAGUGGCUGCAUUGCCUAGAUUUCAUCCUGAAUCUAAAUCUUCACAGAACUCUGUUAUUGUUCAGAACGUGUCUAAACCAGAUUUUACAAAGAAUUCAUCACAAGUUGAAUCGGAUGAUUCUUCAGAGUUACUCUUUGACUUGACCCAGGAUACAAUUCCACUGUCCCAAGAGGGAUCAACAAUUUACAUAGAAGGUAUAGAUGAAACUCUGCCUAUAUUAAAACGUUCUUCUGCUUCUAAAGUAAACAGUGUUACUCCAAAAAAGCCAAAGACCAGCGAAGGUAUUUCUGAAAUAAGUCCUUGUGCUUCAUUGUCUCUAACUAACUCUCCUCCAGUGACAUCUUCCCAUGUUAUGAUAUCAAAAGGUACAAAUACCUCAUCAGCUCACUAUAAAACUGGAACACCUUUUCUAAGAUCUUGUCCAAAGUGCAAUGUAAAGUUUAAUCUUCUGGAUCCUUUGAAAUAUCACAUGAAGCGUUGUUGUCCAGACAUGGUAAAUAAAUUUUUGGAAAUGAUUAAAGCAGAACUUGCAAUUACUGAAAAUAAGAAUAAGACUGGUGCAGAGAAAGGAAAAUUGAUCAUGUUAGUUAGUGACUUUUACUAUGGAAGACAUGAAGGAGCUGUUGAUGAUGAACAGAAGACUUACACAACCUUUAAAUGCUUCAGUUGCUUGAAAGUUCUUAAAAACAAUAUUAGGUUUAUGAACCACAUGAAGCACCAUUUGGAACUUGAGAAGCAGAACAGUGAGAGCUGGGAAAACCACACCACCUGCCAGCACUGCUACCGUCAGUAUCCCACACCAUUCCAGCUGCAGUGUCACAUUGAGAGUACACACACUCCCCAUGAGUUUUCUACUAUUUGUAAAAUCUGUGAAUUAUCAUUUGAAACAGAACAUGCUCUUUUGCAACAUAUGAAGGAUACUCAUAAACCCGGUGAAAUGCCAUAUAUUUGCCAGGUGUGCCAGUUUAGAUCAUCAACAUUUUCUGAUGUAGAAAGUCAUUUUAGAGCAUCCCAUGAAAACACUAAGAACUUGCUUUGUCCAUUUUGCCUCAAAGUUAGUAGAAUGGCAACUCCCUACAUGAAUCAUUACAUGAAGCAUCAGAAAAAAGGAGUUCAUCGUUGUACAAAAUGCAGACUCCAAUUUUUGACCUGCAAAGAGAAACUGGAUCACAAGACCCAGCAUCGGACCUUUAUAAAGCCUAAAGAGCUAGAAGGAUUGCCUCCUGGUACAAAAGUUACUAUUCGAGCCUCAAUUGGACCACUUCAUUCAAAACCAGUUACUACAUCUCCCAGUAGUAGUGUUCCAAGCACUUCUUCUUUUCAGCUCUCACCUGUGAAGUCUAAAAGUACAGCUGCUAAAAAUCCCACAAAAUCUAACACAAGUAAAUCUAAGACAAGUAAGCCUCAUGCAGCUGUCUCCACUGCAACUAAACCUAAUGCCAGUAAGCGAGGUAGAGGUGCAUCUAAAUGCAAGACUAAAACUAAAACCUCUUACAAGCAAAAGAAACAACGCAACAGAAAGAAUAAAAUCAGCAUAGCUUUGAAGAACUUAAGGUGUCGUCGAGGCAUUCACAAGUGCAUUGAGUGUCAUUCCAAAAUUAAAGAUUUUGCAAGCCACUUUUCGAUAUAUAUCCAUUGUAAUUUUUGCAAAUACAACACUAACUGUAACAAAGCCUUUAUAAAUCAUAUGGUGAGCUCUCAUAGCAACCAUCCGAGUAAACGGUUUUAUAUUUUUAAGAAGCAUUCUGGAACUCUCAGAUGGGCAGAGACACAGAAAGAAUGUGACUUGCACAUGCUCUACAAAUGGGGCAUUACUCUAGUGUGCCUUAAAUGUGACUUCCUAACUGAUUCUUCUGGUUUAGACCGUAUGGCUAAACACUUGUGUCAACGCAAAACUCAUACUUGCCAAGUUAUAAUAGAGAAUGUUCCCAAAAGUACCUCAACUUCUGAACCCACUUCUGAACCCACUUCUGACCGCUUGUUGAAAUAGAUUCCUGCUCUAUGGAGCUCGUGCAACCUGGUGCAAGACAAGUUGGAAUUUCCUAAGUUCAAAGUUCUGAAGUGUUUUCUUACACAAAGGCAGUUUCCUAAGUUCAAACUUCUGAAGUGUUUUCUCACACGAAGGCGGUUAAACAGCCAAGUUCAUGACACUAGCUCUGAUUCAGCUCUUUUCAGCUUUCAGAUGGCACUAGAUUCUUAUUCCACCUUAUCUUUGUGUCAGGUUAACAUAUCUUAACAUAUGCUUUUUUCUCCAGUUGGCUCUCUCCAAAAAUAACUUUUGUUGCUAUGGUCUUUUUUUUGCUUUGCUUAAAAUAAUUUGUGUUUUUCUCUGCUGUACUUGCCUUCAGAAUAUUGCAUUCCAAAUGAUAUGGCUCUUCAUUUUCUUUGUCUGUUUUGUCUGGUUUCUUAGUUAAUUUCUUAUAAGUCUUACAAUUUUAGGUCAGAUAGCUGUCUUUUUCCUCUUUCCUUGCCUGUCAUUGUUCUAUUUUUCAUAUUUUUCAGAUGCAGAAGCAACACAGAAAUUUCAAAAAAUGUCCAGGAUACUCCUGGUCAGUGUCCCCCUUCGCUGGACACAACUGAUGCCUGUUCUCUCUUUCCAAGGAAUGUGAAUUAUUUGACUGUGAGACCUCCUCUAGAUUGUGGCCUUAAGAAAUCAGACCUUGGGGAGAGUCCCUUCCUUCAUGACUGGCCUCCCAUAAGGCUGAUGCUAAUUUGGCCAGAGAUGGACCUCAAGGCCCACCAAAUUGAGCACAACUUCCCACUGGGGGCUUUGGUUUUUGAUCUUAUGCUUAUGGGUUCAUUCUAACCAAGAAAGACCCAUCAAAUCAAUUCUUCAACAUCUAAGUUGAAGUUUAAUCAUUUUGGCUGCUGCCCUUUAAUCUUUGUCUAGUAUGCAUGCAGUCCAAGGAAUAUAAAAACUGGUUGUGUAGGGAACCAAGAUUACUUUCAUGUUCUUGGAAAAAAAGUUUCUAAAACUACAGUUCCAAAGUUAUAGUUAUUUGUACUGUCAUUUGAAGUUUUAUCCAGUAUUAUUAACCCUAGGAGUUUUCAGCAAUACUAAUAUUCAAAAAUUUUUAAGUUUAAUUUUAUCUUGGUUUUAUAUUGUCCUUCACCAAAUUUAUUAGUGUGUGUUUUGUUAUGUCCACUUUUAUCUCUUCUCUCUAAAACUUUUGUUUUGUGUUUUGUUUUGUUAAGAACCUCAAGAAAUUUUUUAGAAUUCU